UGCGAGGAGGAGGUGGAGGACGUGCGCAAGGAGGUGGCAGUGAUGGAGCGGCUGAGAGACCACCCGCAUGCCGUGCAGCUCGUGGCCACGUUCGAGGACGCUCAGAGCGUGCAUCUGGUGAUGGAGCUGUGUGCGGGCGGGGAGCUCUGGGAGCGCAUCAAGCAGCGGCGGUGGUACGACGAGGGCAGUGCGGCGGCGGUGCUGCGCGUGGUGGUGGAGCUGCUGCGCGACUGCCAUGCCAUCGGGGUCAUGCACCGCGACCUCAAGCCCGAGAACAUCCUGCUCUGCACCGAGGAGAACGACGUUGACGUCAAGGUCAUUGACUUUGGCGUCGCCGUCUUCUUUAAGCCUGGCGAUGUGUACUCAGACAUUGUCGGCAGCCCUCUGUACAUCGCGCCCGAGGUUCUGCACGAGGCGUACGGGCCAGAGUCCGACAUAUGGAGCGCAGGAGUGAUUCUGUACGUGCUGUUGGCGGGUGUGCCUCCCUUCCGCGGGGACAGCGACGAGGCCGUGUUCCAGGCGAUUCUCGAGCAAGAGCCGGACCUGCAGCGCGCCCCCUGGCCUGAUGUUUCGGAUGAGGGCAAGGAUCUGGUGCUGCGCAUGCUGACAAAGGACCCUGCCCUGCGAAUCACGGCUGAUGAUGUUCUUGACCACCCGUGGCUGAGCAUGUAA